AUGGACGACCUGUUUGAUGUCUUCGAGGGCAAUCCUCGGGCAGAGACUUCAGAACUCAGCGAGCCCGAGGCCGCGCCCACCGGCGUCAAACCAUCCAAGAAAAGCAAGAAGGACAAGAGCAAGAAGCGCAAGGCCGAUGGCAUCAUAAAGUCUCAGCCAACAACCGAGGCUAUUGACACCGAAAUGGUAGACGCCGAGGAUGAUGCAAAGAACGGCGAUGAAUCGGAGGAUCCACAGGUUGACGCCGAGGACAACGAUAUCAACGAGAGCAACAAGCGCCGCAAGAAGGAUGAAGAACCUGAGCCCGUCUUGACCGACAGCUUCCAAACGGCCGAGUCGCGUCAGGUGGCUGGCGCACAAGCAUUUGCGCCUGACGAGGGGGAUUCCAUGGUCCUGUCCCACAACAUCCAGCAUCAAGUCGCGCUACCUCCCGAUCUCGACCACGAGUACAUCCCCCUCUCCGAACACAAAGCCCCCGACGAGCCCGCCAGGACAUGGAACUUCAAGCUUGACCCUUUUCAAAGCCUUUCGGUUGCGUCCAUCGAGCGAGAUGAGAGUGUUCUUGUCUCUGCGCAUACCAGUGCCGGCAAGACGGUUGUUGCCGAAUACGCCAUUGCGCAGUGCCUUAAGAGGAACCAGAGAGUCAUCUAUACCAGUCCCAUUAAGGCCCUCAGCAACCAAAAGUACCGGGACUUUGAAGCCAUGUUUGGCGAUGUCGGCCUCAUGACAGGCGACAUCACUAUCAACCCCACCGCCAGCUGUCUUGUAAUGACGACGGAGAUUUUGCGGUCUAUGCUGUACCGUGGCUCUGAGAUCAUGCGCGAGGUGGCUUGGGUUGUCUUUGACGAGAUUCACUACAUGCGUGAUAAGACCCGCGGUGUCGUAUGGGAGGAGACCAUUAUCUUGUUGCCUGACAAGGUCCGAUAUGUCUUCUUGUCAGCCACUAUUCCGAAUGCCUUCCAGUUUGCCGAGUGGAUUGCCAAGAUCCACAAACAGGCCUGCCACGUCGUAUAUACGGAUUUCCGACCAACACCCUUACAGAACUACUUUUUUCCAGCCGGCGGCAAAGGCAUCUACCUCGUGGUUGACGAGAAGGGAGUCUUCAAGGAGAACAACUUUCAAAAGACAAUGCAAGAGGUUGAGCAAUCCAAGGGCCAAGAUCCCGGCGACGCGAACGCCAAGUGGAAGGGAAAGGGCAACAACAAAAAGACGCAGAAGGGCGGCGGCGCCGAUCCCAAAGCCGACAUUGUCAAGAUUGUACGCAUGAUCAUGACCAAGAAGUUCCAGCCCGUCAUCGUCUUCAACUUCAGCAAGCGAGAGUGUGAGAAUCUUGCUGUUGGCCUGUCGAGCCUGCAGUUCAAUACCGAUAACGAAAAGGCAAUGGUUCGCCACGUCUUCAACAAUGCUAUCAAGAGUUUGUCCGAUCAGGAUCGUGAGCUUCCUCAAAUUUCGAAUCUCCUGCCUCUGCUCGAGCGCGGCAUCGGCGUCCAUCACUCUGGCCUCCUGCCCAUUCUCAAGGAGACGAUCGAGAUUCUCUUCCAGGAGUCCCUGAUCAAGGUUCUCGUUGCAACUGAGACGUUCUCGAUUGGUCUCAACAUGCCUGCAAAGACUGUUGUCUUCACACAGGUGACCAAAUGGGACGGCGUCAAGACCAGGCCUCUUACACCAUCCGAAUAUAUUCAGAUGUCUGGACGUGCCGGUCGUCGUGGUCUUGACUCCCGCGGCAUCGUUAUCAUGAUGAUCGACGAGAAGAUGGAGCCUGACACGGCCCGUGGCAUUGUUGUAGGUCAACAGGAUCGUCUCAAUUCGGCCUUCUACCUGGGUUAUAACAUGAUACUCAACCUUCUGCGCAUCGAAGCCAUCUCACCUGAGUUUAUGCUUGAGCGCUGCUUCCACCAGUUCCAGAAUGCCGCCAGCGUACCAGACCUAGAACGAGGACUCGUGCAGCUUCAACAGGAGAAGGACAACUUUGUCAUCACGGAUGAAUCGACAGUCAAGGAUUAUUACAACAUCAGAACCCAACUUGAGCAGUUCGCCAUGGAUAUGCGGGCUGUCAUUCAACAUCCGUCACACUGUCUCGACUUUUUACAGCCUGGCCGCCUUGUCCGCAUCUACAACCCGAAGCUUCAGGAGGCUAGCCUCGACGGAACGGACUUUGGCUGGGGUGUCGUUGCCAAUUUUACUAAGCGCCGCGCUCCCGAUAGUAGAAAGGGCGAGCCCGAGUACCCGCCACAAGAGUCCAUCAUGAUUGAUGUUAUGCUUCCCAUCUCGCCUGACAGCGAUGAGAUCACACAGGGCUUCAACAUCACGACCGAGAUGCCCAAAAACGUUUACCCCGAGUCGACUUCGAACAGCCCGGCCCGUUUUGAGAUUGUCCCUUGCCUCUUAACCUGCCUGAAGAGCAUCAGUCAGAUCCGCGUUUUCAUGCCUAAGGAUAUCAACUCACAAGCUAGCAAGGACCAGGUUCGCAGAUCUUUACUCGAGGUCACACGUCGUUUUCCAGAUGGCCUGCCGAUCCUCGACCCCAUGGAAAACAUGGGCAUCAAGGAUGAUUCCUUCAUCAAGCUCCUGCGCAAGAUUGAGGUUCUCGAGUCUCGCCUUCUGACGAACCCACUCCACGGAUCGCCCCUUUUACCGGAGCUCUACCUGCAAUAUCGCGCCAAGGUCAAGCUCGGCGAAGAGAUCAAGGAGAAGAAGAAGGGCAUCGCCAAAGCACACAGUAUAUCACAGAUGGACGAACUCAAGGCUCGCAAGCGUGUUCUACGUCGCCUCGGCUUCCUCAAUGAGAACGAAGUUGUGCAGCUCAAGGCCCGCGUCGCCUGCGAGCUGUCGUCUACCGAAGGCCAUGAGCUCAUCCUCGCUGAACUUCUUUUCGACAGGUUCUUCAACGAACUGGCGCCUGAGACGAUUGCUGCCGUGCUAAGCUGUUUCGUGCUCGAUGAGAAACUUGAGGCUCAGCCGCUCAAGGAGGAACUUGACAAGCCGUUCCGUGCUAUUCUUGCCAAGGCUAGGCAGGUCGCCAAGGUCAGCAUCGAGAGCAAAAUGGAUAUCAACGAAGAGGAGUUUGUCGGAAAAUUCAAGUGGCAACUGAUGGAGACGGUGCAUGCAUGGUCUAACGAGAAGUCUUUUGCCGAUAUUUGCAAAAUGACCAAUGCUUACGAGGGCUCCCUCAUCCGUCUGUUCCGCCGCCUUGAGGAGCUGCUUCGCCAAAUGGCCCAGGGCGCCAAGGUUAUGGGCUCUGAGGAGCUACAAGUCAAGUUCGAGGCGAGUUUGAACAAGAUCCGCCGCGACAUUGUUGCAGCGCAGAGCUUGUACCUGUAA